AAAACUGAAAUGCACGCACUUUGUGUGGCGACUUUGUGACACCCCAACUUGUCACAAAGUCACCCCACCAUGGUUUUAGGUUAUAUUUUAUCACGUUUUUUUGUCUUUCAAGCACUGAAAAGAAGAUGAGGUCUUAUAAAAGGAAGUUGGGUGCAAGAGCCUAUAGAAAUUACUCUCCAAAGACGUUAGAUAAAGCCGUUAAAUUGGUUUUAACAAAGAAAAUGACCCUGCGAGCAGCAUCUGAAAGGUUCAAUAUUCAUCGAAACACAUUGUGGAACAAAACCAAAGAGAUAAAACGUUCGACCACCUCAAACUCAGAGACAGUCAAACCUAAAAGACAGCAUGGGGGUCAACCUAUUUUUACAAAAGAAGAAGAGGAUACAUUCGUUGCUCAUUCCAUUGCAAUGGCAUCUUAUGGUUUCCCAAUGACAUUACUUGAUUUGCGCUGUGUCGUCAAAUCAUAUCUAGAUCGAACCGGAAGAAAAGUUCCCGUGUUUGGAAAUGGAAACUUUCCUGGGAGAGAGUGGGCCAUGUCAUUUAUGAAGCGGCAUAAGUAUGGUCUCUCCGAACGUGUCGCCAAAAAUAUCACAUAUGCAAGAGCUGCGACUGAUACUGAAGUGAUUGACUCAUAUUUUGAGCAUUUAGAGAAGGAGUUAGAGGGUAUUCCGCCAGAAAAAAAUUUGGAAUUACGACGAAACGAACGUCCAGUACGAUCCGGGAAGCAAAAAAGUGUUGGUCAGAAGAGGAGCAAAAUAUCCAGAGCGGAUACAAAAUUGUUCCAAAGCGUGUACUUCGAUUAUGGUCUGUGGGAACGCCGCAGGACAGUUGGCUCCACUAUACGUAAAUUACAAGGCCGAGAACAUGUGGUCGACCUGGACCGAAAAUGGACCUGAAGGAGCCUGCUACAAUCGUACAAAAUCUGGAUGGUUUGAUCACC